GAAAGAGCCCUGUACAGGUGUCAGCGUCGGACGAUGUGGCCGCGUGAGAGUGACGUCUCAGAUGCGGCUAUGGCGCUUUGUCAGAUUGUCACGUGUGUACAAGCUUGACACCGAUGACGUCAUCAGCGGACACCUGGCUGACACAACUACGGGCUCACUCACGUUAGAUGACAUCCUUACAUCGCAGACGUUGCAACUGACAACGGAUUCCAUUAUGAAGCUGUACAGUGGCUCAAAUCCGGAAUAGCAAAGGCCAAAGAGUCCAUGGCAGAUGAGGCCACAGUCAUCAAAUUGUACAGAGAACUGGCAGGUGCAUAUUACCAGGUCCAAAUGCCAUCCGAAUCUGUGAAAUUGCUUCAGGAAUGCUCCGCUUUAUAUCCUGAAAGUAAGUCUGUGAAACGAGAACUUCAGUAUUACAAAGAAAGAAAGGAAGAUGCAACGAAGACGGGGGAGAACUCUAAGCUUGCACCUCGCGUUUUAGGGAAGGCUGUGACUGCUUGUGAACAGCUAUGUCGAGGAGAAAGUCAGUCCCAGAGGACACGUCCCCUAUUUUGUCGUCUAAGGGCCACUGACUCCCCUUUUACGGUGAUUAAAGAAGAAAUACUGAGCUGGAAGCCACGGAUCGUCAUGGUCCACGAUGUGUUAAGCCCACAACAAACAGAAUAUUUUGGAAAUAUUUCCUCAGAUACGGUCGAACGAUCUGGGAGACUGGCAUGGGCAAAAGAAACUACCGUCUCCAAAACAAGAAAAAACAGGUACGAAUUGGACGAAAUAAGAACCAGCCUCGUAGACAAAAUAAUGAACGUGACUGCACUGACCAGUAAACGUUAUUUACAGGCUGUCAAUUGGGGCCUCGGCGAAAACAUGAAAGUGAAAAAACUUAGAAGCAAUUUGGAUACCUACAACGAAAUCGAAUACGCUAAGAGAUUUUAUCAAUUCCCAAUUGCAAAAUGGAUGUAUUUUCUCAGUGAUAUCACAGGUGGAGACAUAGUGUUUCCAGAUUUAAACCUGAAGGUUCCGUCCAUAAAGGGCAGUGCAGUUUAUUGGUACAACUUGAAACCAAACGGAGACCCAGAAACCAGAACGAAGCACUGCAUAUGCCCAACUCUUCUCGGAUCCCCCUGGGUUUCGCCAAUGAACCUGUUCGUUCCAAACAAGCUUGAAACAACAUUUUGCGGACUCAACAGAAAAUCAGCAUAUUCUUUAUGAACUUCAACACGUCACAUGCGGCAUACCCAAAUGUAUACAUUUAACUCAUGAUAUAUCAGUCACGGUAUACGCAGCAAAGCUGCAACCGGGCGGAUGUAUACUGUCAUAUUGCAUUAGAAUCAUUUGUUGUUACGUUUAAGAGCAUCAAAAUGUCUCUUUCACAGAAUUGUUAAUUCUUAGAUAUUUCUUCUAGGUACGGUAUAUGUGUGAAUUUGUGUAAAUAUAGACGUUCGAGAAUAAAACUAUAUGU